AUGCUGGCAUCGCAUGGCUUACUGCACGUGCCCACAGGCCAACGCGUCGCCUACGCCGCAAUUCACUUUUGGCUACUGCUCAUCCAACUGAUGAGUGCGGCCACGGUCAGCAGCAGCAGAGCCUCAGCAUCCAGCGAGCAGCCGCCGCUUCAAGCGCCACCUCCUCCGCCACUGUUGAUGGACACAGCGUUGACAAACUGCGGCGACGAAGACAACACUAGAUGGCGGCCCGUUUGUGCCACGGCGAACGGUGUGGACUAUGUGCUCUUUGGCAGCGAAUGUUUGCUGAGGCAAGCCAACCGAGAGCGCCACUACGCGGACGCAGGGGAUGCGACGCCCGUUUUUAGGGAAAUUGCGUUGGGAUUCUGCCGGCCGAGUUGUGGCCUUAUAAUUUGUGAAGGCAACGAGCAGGCGAUUUGUGCCCGAAAUGUAAACAGUGGUGAAGUUCGGCGCUUUGGUGGACUCUGCGACGUGGCGCGCGAUGUAUGCGUUAACGAGAAUGAUUGGCAACUGAUCCCCGAGAAUACUUGUGUCCAGCUGCUGAUAAGUCCAACCACUAUUCUUCCAGAUCCAACCACCGAAGCGACUCCGCUUAAAGCGUCUAAAGGAAAGUCCUUUACAAAAAUGGAAAAAGUAAAACACGGACAAGAUGUUAGAGAAGGAAACAUGGGCAAGUCCAUACCAUGCCCCAAGGUAUUUAACCCGGUCUGCGCUGAGCUCUUUGGCGUCAAGGCGACAUUUAUCAACGAAUGUCUUGUGAAUGCAGAGAACGUAAGAUUUAACAAAGAAUGGAAAAUUUACUCUGAGGGCGUGUGCGCAGAAGACUACGCGAGCUCUGAAACACACAAAAAUGCGAUUAGCAAGCGCAGCACGGUGGGCAGUGCGACUGUUACAUUCCAACUGAACGCCCCCGAGCAGCAAUUGAACAGUGAUGUCAUAUGGACACCAAACAUCGAAAACACCAACUAUAUGAAUGAGGAUGUUUUCAGUUCCCACGGAGGGCAAAUGAGAAGCAUGUUGCAGUACAACCAGCCUUUUGGCGCGCGGCAUAGCGAACAGUCGUCCUUGGACGCAACGCCACAUAACAUACGCAUCCUGCCAGCGGUUAACGAUCGUGUGUCGGUCUGUAAAUUUGGCGCUGGUCCAGUUUGUGGGAGUUCAUCGCAGAACUCGCUGCAUAAAUUUGAAAAUAUCUGCGAGCUUUUGCUAAGGAAUAUCAUUUUAAAUGAAUCUUGGGUUGUGGUUAACGAGGGCAAAUGCCGAAGAUGUGUCUUGAAUUGUACUACAGACUAUGAUCCCAUAUGUAUCUCACGGAAUGGUGUAAAUUACACCAUAAUCAACCAAUGCCAUCUGGAUCACGCUAUUUGUCGAAACAAUUUGAACAUCUGGAAGAUACUAGGCAAAGGAGAGUGCAAAAAUGUCUUAAAAAAUAUUUCUUCAAGCCAAGAUAAAUACAUCAAAAUAACCCCAUUGAAUCAAAAUGAAGAAUACUUUCCUAGGCACACACGGAAAAUUCUCGAAUUCCUUUCAGAAAAGGGAGAUGAAAGUCAAAAAAACGAAAGCCCACCAGUGGUUGCUGACCAAACGCCUUCACUAGAAGUUUUCUCUGUGGAAUCCCACACCUCCAGCGAAUCUUUAAUUCGAAACACCACAUCACAGCCCUCCGAGAACACCACACUUGAGACUCACAUAAUGAAUUUAUGGCGGAGUUCGAAGAGAAAAUCGCCCUCCUCUAGAAGAAAGAGAAAUUGGUAAUAAGUUUAAUUGCUGAACCGCUAACUAGUUUUAUAAUUCAC